CGUGUGUGGCGGUCAGAGGACACAUUGCGGGUUUUCCUUUCUACCGUGUGGGCUCAUAGGGAGUGAACUCAAGUUGUCAGGUUUGAUGGUCUUUUCUGGCUGAGUCAUUUUGCUGACCCCAGGCCUGUUCCUUAUAAAAUCAAAAAGCCUGGAUACACUGUGAGGCCAGCAUGGUCUACAGAGCUGAUUCGACAACAGCCAAGGCUCUGUCUCAAACAAACGAACGAACAAAACACCCCAUAAAACAAAACUAUGCAUACAGCUACAGUCUGGGCUGUGAAUGGAAGCCAAGUCUGGGCUGUGAAUGGAAGCCAAGCUCAGGUUCUCUUGAGUGAGAAAAGAAAAUUGACAUUUAGCAGGAAGGUACCUAGUGUCCCCAGUGCCUCACUAAGGAGACACCUCCAACCAGAAACCACUGUAAGGAGUCUCUCAAACAUGCUUAGGCAGACUCUCUCUGGGCUGGUGUUCAUUGCUUUCCUAGUCUCUGAUGUACAGAAAGAGUUUUUCUUAAAAAUUGUACUUAUUCACUUACUGUGUAUGUGGCAGGAGGGUACAUGGGGUAAGGUGCUUAUGUGGAGACCAGAAGACCAACUGGCUGGACUGGGUUCAAUCUCUCUUUCCACCAUGUAGAUUCAGGGGUUAGUUCAGGUUAACUGGGACAUGUCUCGCCAGACUUUGUUUUUCUAUACAGUAUAUUACAGUAUAUUGAAAAAUGCUUGAUGUACAUUCCUUGUGUUUUAUCAAUUGGUCUUCUGAGUUUGCUCAGAAAGCCAGUGUAUAAAGCUAAUUAAUGCACAAUCACUACUUUAUUUCCAGAAUGUAAAAAUAUUGUAGUUAGCAUGUGGCAGGCACUUGUGAAAUAAUUCUGGUCAAUUGAAUAAGAUGCAUUUCGGGUUUAUGUGUCCAUGAACUCCAUAAACAGGAUGGCAUGGUUAUUAAGAGUAUCGUAACUCUAAAAGAUAACCAGGUUCAAACUCCAGCUUGGUUAUCUUCGGAAAGGGUCAAUUAUUCCUAAUCUUCAUUAAACAUAGAUGUUAAUUCGCAGUCCAAUCACGCUGAGCUUAAGAUACCUGUUUCUUAAUUGCUAUUGUGCCUUUAAACUGGUUAUAAGACCUCUGAGGAGAGGUUGGGGAUUUAGUUCAGUGGUAGAGCGUUUGCCUAGCUAAGCACAAGGCCCUGGGCUCAGUCCUCGGCUCUGAAAAAAAAUAAGAAAAAAGACCUCUGAGGAAAAGGCCACAUUUCAUAUUCUGUUCUGUACACUUUUCACAUUUUAUUACACGUCGUGUUCUCAAGCCAUAUUGUUGGCCGUUUGUGCAACUAUUUUCUGGCAAUUACAUGAAACUUCUUUCUUCCGUUUUUGACAAGGGCUGAAAGCAGUUGGUUCUGUUAGAACCCAGCACCAGACAUCCAAGUGAACUUUCUCCCGCAGAAAUGCACUGCUCUGUGCUUCACAGGCAAUGUCCCAAUCUGAACGAUGUAACUCAACUGACUGUCUCUUGCUGCCUUCUUAUGACCCUCGUCAAUACUCUAUUCUAGAUACGCUGCGUUGGAAAUGUUGGGAGAUGUCACGGGGUUGCAUGAAGUACUUUUACAUGUGCCGAAGGGGUUAGGACUUCAGUGUUUCCUGAGCUGUUCCAAAUCCUUUCAAAUUACAUCUACUAUUUCUAAGUGGUUAGUCUUGUUCUGCUGGAGGACGAAUGCCUGAGCCUGAAAAGAAACACUGCAAACUCGGGGUGACUGAAGACUGCGAGCUGACCUGGCGCCGCAGAGACAUCGCAGGCGAGUCAGAGCGCGGUCAUCAGUCUUGCGAAUCUGAGGCCACAGCGGCGGACCCCGUAGGGCCGCCCAGGCGGCCAAGCAAUACUAAGGACCCAGGACCCAGAGGGGCGACCAGGACUGCAGCACCAGCGCCCCAGCGAUACAAAGGCGCGAAUGUGGAGACCACAGGCCAGGCUCCGCCCCAGGGCGGCGCCUAGGCAGGAAGAGGGCGGGACUGCCGGGACCCGUCGCCUAGGCAACCCCUCGCUCUGCCCGGGCUUUUCAGAAAGCCCUAAAUCCGGCAGCUGUGGGGGAAGGGCGGGAUGGGGAGCCGAAGGUUGUGCUGCCCUACGGGAGCGCACCGGGGUGCCCGCAACCUCCUCCGUGUGGCGAGGACACGGGCAGCCUCAGGUGCGGCAGGGGAAGAGCUAGGAUCAGGGAAGCGCUGCUCCCGCCAGCCCGCCCACCUUAGAUCUCCGCGCUCAACAGAGCACCCCUCGGGGGCCCCUUUGUCUACAGGCCAUUCCAAACUCUGCACCGGGAGGCGACACAAAGGGACGGAGGGGGCGAAAGGCGCAGGCGCCGGGAGCGCCGAGGAUGCUGGGAGUGGUGGUCUCUCUGCGCGUCGGUGGCGGCCCUCCCGCGCGGGUCCGCAUCCAUCGCCAGGGAGCUGCGCAUGCGCGCCCACUUCCGCCUCGCUCGGCCCCGCCCGCUCGGCCCUCCUGGAAGAGGACAGCUCUCUAGUACUAGGCGUGCGGGGGGCGUUGCCGGUUCCACCACACCUCCUUCUGGUCCAGAUUGGCCGCAGGGAGAUCCUGAAGGAGUUGGAUGACUACUAUGAGAAGUUCAAGCGGGAGACGGACAGCACCCAGAAGAGGCGGGUGCUGCACUGCAUCCAGAGGGCCCUGAUCCGAAGCCAGGAGCUGGGCGACGAGAAGAUCCAGAUCGUGAGUCAGAUGGUGGAGCUGGUGGAGAACCGCAGCAGGCAGGUGGACAGUCAUGUAGAGCUCUUCGAAGCACACCAGGACAUCAGUGAUGGCACUGGUGGUGGCGGCAAGGCAGGCCAGGACAAGUCAAAGAGUGAAGCGAUCACACAGGCAGAUAAGCCAAAUAACAAGCGGUCCCGGAGGCAGCGAAACAACGAGAACCGAGAAAACGCCUCGAACAAUCACGACCAUGACGACAUCACCUCAGGAACGCCCAAGGAGAAGAAAGCAAAAACCUCAAAGAAGAAGAAACGCUCUAAGGCCAAAGCAGAGAGGGAGGCGUCCCCCGCGGACCUCCCCAUCGACCCCAACGAGCCCACGUACUGUCUGUGCAACCAGGUCUCCUACGGAGAGAUGAUCGGCUGUGACAACGACGAGUGUCCCAUCGAGUGGUUCCACUUUUCUUGUGUGGGACUCAACCAUAAACCAAAGGGCAAGUGGUACUGCCCCAAGUGCCGUGGGGAGAGUGAAAAGACAAUGGACAAGGCCCUGGAGAAGUCCAAGAAAGAGAGGGCUUACAACAGGUAGUUAGCGCACAUUUGCCCACGAUCCAGAGUAACAAAACCCACCAGUGUAUUUAUGAUGUCGCUGCCUUUUCGGAAGUAUGAGGACGGUCAGACAAGUGUUUUUAGAGAGUGUUAGCAAUGGAUCCUCUCCUUGGGAUGGCGGAGACAGCCCGUGUCUUCAUGGUAUACCUUGUUUCCACACAGGGUCUGCCGGUCAGCAAUUUAGAAACCACAAAUACAGGUCCGAAUUAAACGUGUCCACAAGUGUCAGACUGAUUUUUGGGGUUGGGGAGUGACUUGGAAGUAACCUAACAUAUAUAAAGAAGAGAUUUAAUUUGGCUGUUUUAACAAAAAUGUUACGGUUUACAAAAAAAAAAAAAAAAUUAGCCAGGCAGCUGAAGUACAGCUGGUGUGCUUCCUGCUGCCCUAUGUGUGUCCACACGACAAGUUGGUGGUUUAAAGUCUAAAUAUUGUUAUUUUUUAAAGAGGUAAAUGAGUAAAUUUUACAUGACAUAUUUUAUACAUGGCCUAUUCCCCAACUGGCCAUUUUUAAUGACUGGGUACGUUUUUAAUAGGUCAGACACAGUGGUCCAGGCAGUGGGUCCGAGUCCUGCCUUUGCUACCCUAGGUCAUGGAGUAGCCACCUCUAACUUAUAUGAAGUGUAUAGAUGUACAUUUCCCAGCCACCUUCCCCUGCUGUAUCAUAGCCGCAAGUGCAGCCCGGUGCUGUUGUGAAGCCAAGGUGCGCGUCCUGCUGCGUGCGUGAGCUGUAGAGAUGUUGCGUCAAGAAAUAAAUGAAACUUGGCCAGUUUGUUUCUUUAGCAUUUAAUUUUAACAUACAAAUAAUUUUAAAUUUUUGUCUUAAAAAAUUUAUACACCAGCAGUUUAGACAAAGCCUUAAGAAAAUUGUAUAUUAUUGAUCUCACGUAAUAAGGAAGUAGACAUUCUGUCCAUGCCAGCAAAUACGUGUCAGAAGUAUUUAGAACAAAGGUUAGGAAGUGACUGUGCUCGUGAGGUCCGGCCCCACCAUCUGUUUCUGUAUGGCCUGUGAGCUAAGAAUGGUCUCUGUGUUUCUGAGUGGUUUUCAAAAUCACAUUUCACAAUACACGAAAGUCCUAUGAAAUGAAGAUUUGCGUGUCUAUAAAUAAAGACUCAUUGGAACACA